AUGUUCACCUUAAAACGAGUCUCUCCUAUACAACCUUGCGAGGGUGUGCAGAUGCAUCUCAUGCAUUAUUUAUUGGUUACCAUCGAUCCUGCUGCGAGUGCAGUGGACUUCAUCAGCAGUCUUGCUCGAGAAGUCACGGAUGUUGUUUCUCCUGAUGUUUCAGUACUUACGAGCUUGUUAGUAGUCACCGACGAAGCGCCGCAAGACACCAGACACAAGAACUACGACGAACGCCCGAGAGAAGCGUACUUCAAUGGGUCAACGUUCCUCAAAUUGAGCUCGUUCGUGUCCGUCCACAGGCACAGCGGUCUCAGUUUCCGAACUUGCGAUGGUGGCCGGCUUUUCACCCAGAAAUACAACGAGGACUCGAUCAGCCUCGAAGUGACCCCGGAUGGAUUGCUGUUCUCGGCCAUUGUCGACCAGCAACGAUACAAAGCAAGACUCAACGCCAGAUUGCUGAACAAUGCCUGGCACAAUGUCAAUCUCUUUUUCAGACUCGGCAAUCUUACGUUGAACGCGGCUGGCCACACGCAGGUGAUUGCUAAUGCAACGUAUAACGCCGCGAUUCUUACACUACCCGAUUACGACAUGAACGGGUCUCUGAUCGUGGGCGAAGGAUUCAGAGGAUGCAUACUCCAAGGUCCUGGUAUUCUUUUUAACGAUACCAUCAAUAACGGAGCUGUUUUCGGCCAGUGUCCCGCAGAAAACAAAGGAUGUGGUACGAGCGCAGGACUUAACGCAGGUGGUGUAGGAACAGGCGCAGUCACCACCAUGGAUUUCUGCCAUCACGAGCCAUGCAUGAUGCAUGGUAAAUGCGUGUCACGGCAGGAUCGUUACGAGUGUCACUGUUACGCCCGAUAUUCCGGCAACAACUGUCAAAUUGACGACGGUCCGCCGUGUAUGAGCAGCCCCUGCCGCAACGGUGGCACGUGUAACGAAGACUCGAAAGGAGAUUUUAGCUGUGCGUGCAAGCCAGGCUUCACCGGAAUUUACUGUGAAUCGCAGCUCGGCGUACGACUUUGCGAGCAAAGCCCGUGCAGAAACGAAGGUGUUUGCAUAGCGCUUACCGAGAGCGAGUAUAAAUGCGAGUGCCUGCCCGGAUGGACGGGGAAAAAUUGCGAGACCAAUAUCAACGAGUGCUCGCCGAAUCCUUGCAUACACGGUGGCGUUUGCAUCGACGGUGUUAAUAAUUACACCUGCAUAUGCGAUAGAACGGGGUACGAAGGUGCUAACUGCGAGAUUGACAUCGACGAAUGCCUGGCGAAUCCCUGUUUGAAUAACGGCGUGUGCUACGACAAUUACGGCGGCUACAUCUGUCACUGCCCGAACGGUUUCGAGGGCCAGAACUGCGAGCUGAACUUGAACGAGUGCCUGUCGAAUCCUUGCAUGCACGGGGCCGACUGCGUGGACGACGUUGGCUCCUAUCACUGUAAUUGCCUAUCCGGAUACGCCGGCCGACACUGCGAGCUCAAGAGUUUAUGCGAGAACGCGGCCUGCCCGCCGAACAGCAUCUGCGUGGAGGACGCACACGGGCCGCAAUGCGUCUGUAACCCCGGAUUCAUGGGCAAUCCCCCGAACUGCACCAUCAAUUACUGUGCCAGUAACCCGUGUAGCAAUGGCGGGACGUGCACAAGCAACAAAGACGGAUACAACUGUACUUGUCCACCGGAAUGGAAAGGAACCACAUGUCUGUCACCCGCUUCCGAUUGGUGUUCCGCUUGUUACAACGGGGGCAGCUGCCUCGAGACGCGUUUCGGCAUCAUGUGCCAGUGUCCGAGAUUUUGGACGGGGCCGCAGUGCAAGGAUCCGAUCACCUGUCGCGAUCUACCUUGCAAGCAAGCUUCUGCUUGCCACGAUUACUCCGGCGGUUAUUACUGCACCUGCGAGCCAGGAUGGACGGGCCCCGAGUGUUCCAUCGACGUGGACGAGUGCUCCAGCGAUCCAUGCCGCAACGGCGGUAUCUGCAUCGAUCAGCAAAACAGCUACUACUGUCAAUGCCUUGCAGGAUACACCGGUAAAAACUGCCAGAUCAACGUGGACGAGUGCUUGUCACAGCCUUGUCAGAACGGCGGCACCUGCAUCGACCGAAUCAACGGGUACAUAUGCAACUGUACGAAGGACUUCAUGGAUGAAAACUGCGAGCGCGAGUUCAAUGCGUGCGCGGUGAAUCCCUGCCAGAACAACGGGAACUGCACGCUGAUACCGAGGUCACGGCGAGAAUUCGUAUGCGAGUGCCCGCGCGGAUUCGAGGGGAAGGUCUGCGACGUGAACGUGGACGACUGCGUCGACGUGUUAUGCCCUGACGGGAAAGUCUGCGUGGACGGUAUCGCUGGUUACGAGUGCAAAUGCCGCGAAGGUUACAGAGAUCCUAACUGCACUCUUAUCGUUGACCAUUGCGCGACGAAGCCUUGUAACAGCGGCACGUGUAUCGAUCGCGGGGAGCACGGUUUCGAAUGCAAGUGCAAAGAUGGUUUCAAAGGGAAGUUUUGCGAGGAGGACGUGAACGAGUGCGAGGUAGAAGGCAGCUCGUUGUGUAACAACGGCAUUUGCGUGAACACGGACGGCAGCUACAAUUGCUUCUGCAGGCCAGGAUUCUCCGGAGAUCACUGCGACAUCGAUAUCGACGAGUGCCUGUGCGGCCCGUGUAAAAACAACGCCACGUGUAUCGACGGCAUCAACACGUUCGAGUGCCAGUGCCCGCCCGGUUACUCCGGGAAAACGUGCGACAUAGACGUGAACGAGUGCGAGAGUAAUCCCUGUUUAAACGGCGCGACCUGCGUCGACGAGAUCGCCAGCUACAUAUGCAUUUGCUCGCCUGGUUUUCGCGGAUUGAACUGCGAGAUAAACAUCGACGAUUGCGAGCCAUCGCCGUGCUUGAACCACGGCCAAUGCAUAGACGGUAUAAACAACUAUACCUGCGACUGCACCGACACCGGUUUCGAGGGAGCACACUGCGAGAAGAACAUCGACGACUGCCGAUCGGGACCGUGCGUGAACGGCGCUCACUGCGUGGACGACGUCAAGAAUUACAAAUGCCAGUGUUACGCCGGCUACACUGGCAAAAAUUGCGAGGUGGACAUAAACGAGUGCGACAGCUCGCCCUGCCAGUACAACGGCACUUGCUUGGAGAGAUCGAACAUGGAAUUGUACAAGAGCGACGCGCUAACGUUGCCUUCGAUAUUUAACCAGGAGUUCAGUUACGCGAAUGCGAGUGGAUACGAAUGCCUUUGCGUGCAGGGUGUUACGGGGAAAAAUUGCGAAGUAAAUAUCAACGAAUGCGAGAGUAAUCCGUGCCAAGCUGGAACCUGCGUGGAUCGUAUCGGUGGCUAUACCUGCGAAUGCGACGAGGGAUACGAGGGCGAUCAUUGUCAACAUGACAUCGACGAGUGCAAGAGAUACUCACCCUGCGAGCAUGGUGUGUGCACCGAUGGAAGAGCUGAUUAUACCUGCACGUGCGAGCCGGAAUAUGGGGGGAAAAAUUGUUCGGUGGAGUUGAUCGGUUGUCAAGGGAAUGCUUGUCAAAACGGUGGUACAUGUUGGCCGUAUCUCGUCGACGAAGCGAUACACAAAUUCAACUGUACCUGCCCGAACGGUUAUCACGGAGAGAUUUGCGAUUACGUAACGACAAUGUCUUUGAACGGUAACUCGUACGUCCUGGUGAAUACCACUCGAGACGAAGGAUACGACAUACAAUUUCGCUUUCGAACGACCCUGCCGAAUGGAUUACUCGCUAUUGGAAAGGGCUCGACAUUCUACAUUCUCGAGCUCGUCAACGGCAAGUUGAACUUGCACUCGAGUCUUCUGAACAAGUGGGAGGGCGUGUUCAUCGGCAGUAAAUUAAACGAUUCCACUUGGCAGAAAGUAUUCGUAGCGAUCAAUGCCACGCAUCUGGUACUCUCGGCUAACGAGGAACAAACAAUCUAUCCCAUCAGUUUAAAUGAAGGCUCGAACUCAAAUCACACGUCGUUCCCAAUGACGUACGUUGGUGGUACCACCAAUUACCUUCGACGAUUAACCCAUGGCCCAGCUUUCUUCGUCGGUUGCACCGAGGAUGUCGUUAUCAACGGAGAGUGGGUAUACUCUGGUACCUCGUCGAAAACCGUGUACAUGGAGAAUGUUGAACCAGGAUGUCCACGCGAGGCCCAAUGUUCACCAAAUCGUUGUAAGAACGGUGGCCACUGCACAGACAGGUGGCGUGAUUUUUCUUGCAAAUGCGAGAGACCGUAUCUCGGCCACACCUGUCAGUACAAUAUGACAGCAGCCACGUUCGGAUACGAAAACAUAACAAAUGGAUACGUGACCGUGAAAGUGUCCGACACGGCCAGGCGAGCGGUCAGAUCGAUCGUUGAUAUUUCCAUGUUCAUUCGCACGAGGCAGGACAGGGGCGAUAUAUUUUAUCUGGGCACAGAGCCAAAUCCGCAGACGGAUCUCAAGCCUCAAGAGAAGACUUACAUAGCAGCUCAAUUGGAAGGUGGCGAGUUGCUCGUUAGAAUUCAGUUUAAUGGCUCGGAAGCUUACACCGUCGGCGGUGUGAAAUUGAACGACGGGAACAAUCAUCUGAUACAGAUAGUCCGAAACAUAACGUUGGUGCAAGUGAAAAUCAACGGUACCGAGUACUUCCGGAAAACUAUCAGCGCAUCCGGCCAGUUAAACGUAACUGUACUGUACUUGGGUGGUUUGCCACAAGCAUCCAGAUACAUACGGCAAGUCGACAAUCGUCAGAUAGAAGUCUCGCAAACUCCACAAGUCAACUUCAAAGGAAUUAUUCAAGACGUUCAGAUAUCCAAUGGCAUCGAAACUAUGGUAGUUGAAUUCUUUCCCCUGAAGGCAAAUGAUAUUCCCACUCCGAUACAAUUUGGCAACGUGACCUUCGACUACGACAAAAUCCUGAAGGGUGUAGUAUCCGAUAAUGUGUGCGUGAGUAAUCCGUGCAAUCACAACGGGACUUGUCACGUCACGUGGAACGAUUUCUGGUGUCAGUGUCCACGAGGCUACACUGGCAAAACUUGCCAAGAAAUGGAAUUUUGUCAACUGCAGGACUGUCCCGCCGGAUCAAAAUGCCAGAAUUUAGACGAUGGUUACGAGUGCAUAGCCAAUGCCACUUUCAACGGGGUGACAACUUCUUUCACCUAUGUCUAUAAUCAGGUUGAAGAGAAAAAUGUUACGGAUUCGACGAUCGAUACGAUUCAAAUUACGUAUCGAUCGAACACCGGUGGCACGUUAAUGCAUAUCGCGCCUCGUAUAGGCGAUCAACAUUUCAUCGUUUCUGUUUACAAAGACAAGAUCACGGUGUCUUGGCGUUUGGACUUGCAAAACCAAGGAAUACUUACUUUCGGCAAAGCCGAACCUGACGGCAACUGGACGUCAAUUGUAUUGAGAUUGAACAAUAAUUCCAUGGAAUGCGGGUACGCAAACUCCAACGAGGAAUACGCGUCGCACGUUAGUCCAAAUUUUAGUUUUCCCUUGUGGUACGAUUUACUAAUUACUGGAACGGUCACCCUCGGUGGACUUGGCUCUAGUUACGCAGCAAUCGAUCCUAGUAAACAAAGCUUGGAAAAUAAAAGCGGUAUUAAUGAAAAUUCGAUAGAUUUUACUGAACGUACUUUGACCACCGCUUCGCCACCUUACAACACAAUGUCAGGAGAGGCUUUCAAAGGAUGCCUGGGUGAAGUAAGAAUUGGGAGUAUGCUUCUGCACUAUUUCACAUACGAAGAGGUGUACCAGAACGCCAAUUUUACACCUUUGGAAUACCUGGCGUUGCACGAGAAUAAUUCAACGUACCACGAUGUUAUUGGCUGUCAACUUUGCUUCGACACCGAGUGCAAAAAUGACGGCUACUGUCUCGACCAAGCAACCAGUUACAUCUGUGAAUGUCCGCCGGGGUAUACAAAAGACGAUUGUUCCGUUAACAUCGAUGAAUGCAUUGAUAAUAAAUGUAAAAAUGGAGCAACGUGCAUCGAUGGAAUUGCUAAUUACACAUGUGUGUGCAACAGCGGUUGGCAGGGAUGGUUAUGCGACAGCGACAUAAAUGAGUGCGUAACGCUUAGCCCUUGUCAGCAUGAUGGCGUAUGCUUAAAUCUUCCUGGCUACUUCCGCUGUGAAUGCCCCGAUCAAUUUACUGGCGAGCGAUGUGAAAACUUCCGUCUGAUCACUUGUGAAAAUCAACCUUGCAAGAACGGUGGCAGUUGCACGGAUAUUGUGAAUUCACAAACUGGUGAUAAUUUCACUUGUACUUGUAUGACUGGUUACGAAGGUUCUAUCUGUGAUACUCCUUACUGCAUCGCACAAAAAUGCCAGAAUGGUGGCAGAUGUGAUUACUUACACCAGACACCACGGUGCACUUGUCUGCCCGGCUAUUCCGGAUUAUAUUGCGAAAUUAAUAUCGAUGACUGCGCGCCGGAUGCAGAGGGAAAUGUACCGUGUAAAAAUGAUGGAAAGUGCUAUGAUGGUGUGGACAGUUUCACAUGCGAUUGUAACGAUACCGGUUACACUGGAUAUGAUUGUUCGAUCGAUAUAGACGAAUGCGAAAUGAAAACGACGGAUUGUGGUCAAGGACGGUGUGAAAAUUUGCCAGGAACUUAUCAAUGUAUCUGUGAGCCAGGUUACUGCGGGUACAAUUGUGGAAUGCUGGAUCCCUGUCGAGCGGAUUAUUGUCAAAACGGAGGUACGUGUAAAUGUGGAGACGACGGCGGUUACAGGUGUCAGUGCACACAAGAUUACACUGGACAAAAUUGUACAGAGACGGAGAACUUUUUGAGUAGUCAAGCACUUGACAUAGCAGUGAUCGUUGGUCCUAUAGUUGGUUGUCUGUUCAUUAUUGCGGCCGGCUCUUUAAUCGCGUUAUUCAUGAUGGCUAGAAAGAAACGAGCUACUCGAGGAACGUACAGUCCAAGUGCUCAAGAAUUCAGUAACCCGCGUGUAGAAAUGGACAAUGUGAUGAAACCACCACCGGAGGAAAGAUUAAUCUAAGAACACAUUUCGUAGGCAUAUAUUACGAAGGAACAGAAUAUAGAUGUUCCGUGUCUUAAAAAAUCCUAGUCUGCCAGGAAUAUGCAUCGUUGUUGGUCGCAGUGUUAGCGGAUAUUAAAGAGAAAAAAAUCCAAGGGCUCGUUUUCUCGGCAAAACUGCUUCAAAACGGUCAAUGAAAAUAUACGAGAUUUCAUCGCGCGUCUUCUAGUCCAUGCUACUUUACCACGCAACUAUCACAUUGACAUAAGGAGUUCAAUGAGCAAUUUGGAACAUAAUAGUCGAAUUUAAGAUACCUGAAAGCAACGCUGAGGAUGAAAUGUAUCAAAACUGCCCAUGAAAUUUAAAGUUGACUGUAAGAUAAAAACGAAAGUGGAAUAUACAACAAAAGAAUUGAAAGAAAAAAAAUUGAUCGCAAACAGUGAGAUGAAGAAUUCGUUAUAAAAUUUAUACAUUAAUCGUGCUGUUAAUUCGAACAAAUCAUAUACAAAGUGUACUUAAAAUUUCAUUAAGUGUCCUUAACUUGAUAAGCAAUACUCGAAAAAAAUCUCCUAAGAAACGAAACCCGUCCAUUUUAGUGCCUAAUUAAUCCUACUUAAAAGCUUUUAUUUAUAAGCGAUAAAUUUGAAACAUCGAAGAAAUGUAUAUUGCAAGUAUGUUACAUCGAGAUCUCUAAAGCAUAAUGAUAUUCAUUAUUAACGUCUUAUUUGUUAGACUUUGGGUAAUCAUGAUACAGAUAUUAAUACAACAUAGUGAUAUUAUGAUCUAUCGCAAAGGACGUUAUUGCUGGUACUUUGUAAAAAUAUUGUAAAGCAAUACUGUUUACAGAUUGGUGGAACCCUUUACGCGAUUUUGUCCCCUUCCACGCGUUAUCGUUAGAGAAAAGAGAAAUUAGCACUAAGUGAUUAAGAAAUCUCUGUAUAAAAUAAUAUUUCUCUUUUUCUACCUCGCUCUUAGAACAAAAGAACGAUACGUGGGAGUAAAGAGAAAAACUAAUUUGUUCGCCAAAAAGGCUUGGACUUCAUUGCUAUAAAGGGUAUUUAUCACAUUGCGUGUCUACUAAUGCACGUGUAUUUACAGGCUUGUUCAAGCUGGUUCAUUUUGUACAUAGAUUAGAUUACGUUGCAAAAAAAAAAAAAAAAAAUUAAUGACUAUUCUAUCAUUAACAUUUUACAUUAUGAAUAUAGUAUUUAAUGAUGAAUUAUUUUGUAUGUAAUUACUUAAUACCACGACCAAAGUAAUAGCGAACAAUCUUCUUGUCCAUUAAAGUAUAAAUGAUAUAUACGUAUCAUCGCUUCUUCAAUAGUCGAGAAUAAUUAUACAGAAAUGAGAGUUGACAUAUUGUUGGUACGAUGAUUUCAUGACCAAGAUUACUAUCUUUCUGUCUUGUAGGAUCGAAAUUGAACUAAUUGCAAAAUAAUAAACAUGCUCGUUUUAAGCAUCGUAGUAUGUGGAUGAUAUCAAUCAAAAACACAAUUAUGUUUAUAGUUUAUAUUUGAAACGAUAAGAGUAAUCGUAUUAUAUUUUAUUAUAAGUUAUGGAAAGUAAUUUUUGUCCAAUGUGUAUUAUAAAGUGAAUAUCAUUAAUGUUUUUUGCAAGACUGAAAUUUUGGGUACUAAGAGAUACGUACGUGUGCAUGCGCUUUUCACGUGAGUACUUAUUUUGUGACAACACGCAAUAUUAUGCAUAAAUAAUUAUUACAAUUUGAACUAAAUGUACAAAAACAAUAAAAAUCUAAACAUUUCAA